GUUUCGAAUGUGAAGAAGGGAAUGAACUCGUAUCGUUCCCAUCCGAGAAGCCAAUAAUUCCAUCGUUUCUCAACCACCUUCACAACUUCUUCCACACCAACGGCAACAAUUAUCAUCAUCCUCCUGGGAGUAAGUAACGGACAGGUUGCUCUCUCUCUCACCGUGUUUAGAGGAAAGUAACCGUUGAGAUGAUGUUUCUUCCUCCUUCUUAUUUUUCUCCUGAUCACGCUCGUCACUCUUUGCUCAGUUUUCUACUGUGUUCCGAAGCUUUGUUCGAGCAGGACUGAAACCAAGCAGAAGAAGAAGACCCCGUCAAUUUUCGUGGUCGUCCGAAAGUGUGAGACAUUUUGCAAGAAAAAGUGUGAAGUUAUUGGAUCCUACGGUAAAAAUAUACGCACACGUUGGGGCUGAAAAGAUGAGUCGAUGUUCGAGUGAGAGCGACGUCACGUUGUCCCUGCAGGACUCGCCCGAACCACCCCCGCACCUCCGCCCAAAGUCCGCCAACGGGCAUGGGCUGGACAACCCGGGGUACGUUUCUCCCUCCAAGGACGAGAAGCACCACACGAGCCUCCUCGCGGAAACCCCGAUGAACAGCAACAUUGUGAACCUGAUCCCCACCAAGCCUUCCCCACAGCUCGGGCCCUUCGAACCCCUCAGCGACUACUUCAUCCCCAUCAAUCACCACAAAAAGUUUUUCAGGCGAAGUGAGAAGCUGUACGUGACCAAGACGAGGGGCGACAAGGGGAAGCGACGCCGAAGAAGUUGGGGUCGUCGCCUGUGCGGAGCGCUGGGGAUUUUCUUUCUGGCCGGUCUGGGUGCAGUCACUGUCCUCGUUCUCCUUGACGUCCUCCACCUCCCACUCUUGGGGGCGAGGGGUCAUGACCAGGUGUCCUCUGAAUUCACAGCCACUUCUUCCUCAACGUCAUCCCCACCCUCGAGUCAGACAGGAUCAUCGUCCAGUUCAGCGGGAAUGACGACGGACGACGAAAUUAAUGUGUCAACGUCACCAACGACACAAAUCAGCUCGAUUUACUUGCGGAACACGGCGGAGAUGGAAUUUUCUGUGGAGAACGGCAAGUAUGAAGCAGCUUUGGCGAAUAAAACCAGCCCCGCCUUCCAGGCACUUUCCGCCCAACUGCAAACUCUGAUUGUCCAAUUGUUGGGAGAAAGCAUUCAGCGCGACUCGGUGGUUGCAAAGGUUCAGGAAUUUACGCCCGAGUCGAGUGGGAGCAUUUACACCAAGCUGAGAAUUGGGUGGAGUGACGAGACGGUGACGUUCACGGGUCUCCAAUUCGCACUAAGAAAUGUGACCACGCUCGGACUGGGAAGCUUCACCAUUCGACAUCUCAAAUUCUUUGAAGUGGUCAACUUGUGCAAAUUUCCGAGUCAUGGCUGCUCUCACAUUUGCUCAUUCGACUCACAACAACUCCACUUCCAGUGCUCUUGCCCAGAGCCACUCCUUCUCUCCAAGAACGAUCUCAAGACCUGUGUCCAGAUUGAGAGCAGCGAGGGAAGCACGACCGAGUGGGUUAGCGAGGCCACCACAGAUGACCAAGAGACGUCCACCACACCCAACGCCAUCGCAGGAGAAGAGGAGGAGAUUCCCAGGUCAACAUCAACAACAACCAGCACCCCUUCAAUCCCUUUGACCAAUUCCACCACACCAAUUUCGACCACGGCGACAAAUGCGAACAAUGAUCCCACGACGACUCCCAGCACGACGAUCUCCACAUCUACCACAACCACUCCAACACCCGAUGAGGCCGCACCCACAGAACUGGCACCCUCGUCCCCAUCAGGAGAGGAGGAAGAAGUGCCCCAAGUGACUGAACAGGUAGAAGAGGCCCACGACUCCUCGGAUGCGUCCAUCGCUGAAAGUGACCAGCAGCCUCUUCCCAUUGACGUGACGACACCGACGACGACGACCACCACCACGAACCCAGAGUCUCACACAGAGUUGGUGCAAGUUGACCAAGCUGAUGAGCAAAGUGACUUGGAUCAGAACAACAUCACCGAUGGUGUCUCGGAAGAUGAUGCCACCACAUCCGUCCAGAACCUAGGAGUUGACGAAGUUGUAGCGGAUGAGUCAUCCUAGUUUAUAGAUAUGUACUUGUCAUCCCAUAUGGGCAACGAUGAGCUUAAAUCGGAAAGAGUUGCCAUUUAAUACAUAUGUCUUUCUUAUGAGGAACGAGAGAGAAAUAAACAAAAACCAAUAAAAUAUUUCGACUAAAAA